AUGACCAUGCCAUCAUCGUCUCCAAUGGAACCCGAAAAGUACAUAAACUAUCAAAAGGCAAAAGAUACAUCUCUCUUGGCCAUUGCUUUCUCCAUUGUGAUUUACAUAUCUAUCUGCUAUGACAUCUUCAACCUUUCUUCUUCAACUCUUUUAAGCAACACCAAGUUCUGGUUUCUCAUCUCCAACACUCUAAUCCUCAUCAUCGCCGCCGAUUACGGCGCUUUCUCGGCAUCCAAACACCGUAAACCUGACCUUUACGAGGAAUAUCGCUAUGCUUUACGUUGCCAAGCGAGGAGAAGCUCUGCAGAAUAUCCUUCAUUUGUUUCACAACAAUGUCACAUGAACAAUAUUCCCAUGGAAGAAAAGAUCGUAGCCGAUCAUCAUCAUCAUUACCACCACCACAGGAAGAUGGAUGAAACCCCAGAAAAAAUAUUGGAAGUUGUUCGAAUCAGUGAACCGGAAAAGCCCGAAACCAUCCGACGAAGCAAGUCCCGUAGAGCGAAGCAUGUCACAUUCAAUGACGUGAACAACAACGACAAAAACAAUUGCAAUUUGCAAAGAUCAAAUACCGAAAAGCAUGAACCGAACAUUAAAGUACACGAGUCGCCAGCGGAAGCGAACGAGUUUUCGACCAUGUCGGACGAGGAACUAAACAGGAGAGUGGAAGAGUUCAUUGAGAAGUUCAACAGGCAGAUUAAAGUUCAAGCUAAUGCCUGCUAG